UUCCUCGAAAUACACGCGCGUUGUGAAUUAAACACAAGUUUAUAAAUUCUACAUGUGUGAGUGAAUUUCUCUACAAAUACAUUAUCAGUCUGUAUAAUGAGGAAUCAAAUAUUAUCACAGAUAAUAAAGCACACGAUAGAUAGUAGUGCACAUUUAACUCCAGAGAUGGCGUUACGUCUGAUCACUCCACAAUGUGCCUUGUGGUCCGCACCGCCUGAAGAGAAUCCCUUCAAAGACCCUUAUUGGGCAUUUUACUGGCCUGGAGGACAGGCAACUGCAAGAUAUAUUUUGGAUAAUAAACAUUUGGUAAAAGACCGCGUGGUGCUGGACGUGGGUAGCGGCUGCGGCGCUGGCGCCAUCGCGGCCGCAAUGGGACACGCGCGAACAGCUGUCGCUAAUGACAUUGACCCAGUUGCGAUAUUAGCUUCACAAGUGAACGCUCAAUUAAACGGCGUUACCAUAGCAACCAGUAGCGAGGACUUGGUUGGUGCCGCGUGCUCUGACUGCGACGUGGUGCUGGUAGGGGACAUGCUGUACGACGAAGAGUUUGCAGACAAACUAUUCUCCUGGCUGACGCGUCUCGCUGUGCAGGGGAAGUUGGUGUUGAUAGGCGAUCCUGGGCGUCACGGGCUGACAGGGGAGAGACGGUGUCAGCUGAGCAUGCUGGGAUCAUUCCCUCUCCUGCAGCACACGUGUGAGGAGAAUCACGGAUAUACCGACGCUAAAGUAUGGAGAAUAAAGGCUGAAUAAAUACGACGCGUUUUAUUUUAUUUAUUUGUAUAUCGUCAAUAGAUGGCGUUGAAAGCCACUAACUAGUAAACGAAAAUAUAGUCAAUUUUUUUUUA